AGAACACUCGGGUGGACUAUUAGCUGAUUGUGUGACAUUGUCGUCGAAGCUUUUACCAAGGCAGUGAAUAUCGGGUCUGACUUGGAUAUGCUGGUCCUGUAGCUCGUCCAGCACUUCGCAUCAACAGGGAUAGCACAAUGAGGCCUAUAACUUUCUGCUUACACUCCAUAAACUGACCAAGGUCCGACAUCAUGCCUGCCCAGUAUACAGAGGAAAAGGAGGCAGACUCGGACGUUUUAGAACUGACAGAGGCGGUAACUCCGGAGAUUCUCCCCAAAUGGCGGGUGUUACUGUUGAACCUCUCCUGGUACGGUGUCAGUCUCAUGUUGCUCGUCAUGUCCGUGGAGGUGAUCCCGUCCCAGAUGAGAGUACUGGUUGGAGAGCGCUACAAGGGCCGCUGGCUUGGGGGACUGGUGGCCGCAGGGGCAGUGAUCACAUUUUUCCUGAGCCCUAUCAUCGGGAUGAAGAGUGACCGUCUACAGUCCAGAUAUGGCCGACGCCGGCCCGUUAUGAUCACUGCCACAUUCUUUCUGUGUAUUGGUUUGAUUGGGAUGGCGUUCAGUGCCCCGGAACUGGAAAUACCUUUGGACCCCGAGGUUGUUGAAACGAACAAUAUCACCGGAACAUGCGAGGUUGACCUGGUGCAUGUCCGGUGUUCGGCUUACAAUAACGCUAGUCUACCUCACAUUCUAGAACAGGAGAAUGGGGUGGCCGUUCAGGGCACCAUCAAACUGCCAGAGAAAAAAGUCCAAAAUCCGGAGAUGGACGUCAAUACACCUUCGUCAAAGGGUAGCCUAGGUCUCUACGUUGUUUUUUAUCUGGUUGUGACGUCAGCCUUCGCUUCUGUUACCGUCCCGUAUAACGCUCUGAUAGCUGACAAGUCACACCCGUCUCAGAGAGGGUUCAACUCUGGCGUUAUGGGAGCAAUGAUUUUGCUGGGUAACCUCUCAGGAGCCGGGAUAGGAAUCUGCCUGAUGAAAAUUGGUAUAUUCAGCACAUAUGGUUGUAUGAUCGGGGUCAUACUACUGUGUAUACUCAUAACCUGCCUGACCACCUCAGAGACCCCCGGGAAAAAUCCCGGGGAACCACUGGGAUUCGGUACAAUAUUCUGUGGAUUCUGGCAGCCUUUGACAGAUCAUGACUUCCGGUGGGUGUUUCUGACCCGGUUUCUCAUGCAGCAAGGCGUCUCCACGGUAACGGCAUUUUUGGAAUAUUGGUUGAGUGACAUGGUCAAUUUGCCGAACUGUUGGACACCCCAAACAUCCGUUGGUCUUCUUCUAAUUCCACUGUUGUCAGCUGCCGCCAUUUGCUCAGUCUUGUGUGGCAUCCUGUCGGACAGAUUAGGCCGGCGUAAACCCUUAGUCAUUACCUCAGCGCUGCUCAUGUGUGGGACUUCAUGUGUCCUGGCCUUCAUCCGAGGUUCAUACGCUUAUUACAUUGCUUUCGUCAUGUCAUUCUUCUUCGGGCUGGGAUUUGGUUCAUUUCAGUCAGUGGAUUUCGCCAUUGUAAUGGAUAUUUUACCUGCUGAACGUGACAAGGCAAAGGAUAUUGCGGUCUGGCAUCAGGCACUGGUUCUUCCCCAAGCUCUGGCAACGCCCAUAGGCGGAAUGGUGUUGGAUAUCUUUGAGCACGUAAACUGUGAAAUUGGACUUGGUUACAUUAUUUUGUUUUUGAUGACUUCAUCAUAUUUCUUUCUAAGCGGUGCCUUUGUACUUAAAAUCAGAGGUGUUCGAUAGGCCAUCCCCAGCUAUAUGAUCGAUGCACUUGUUAAUAGUUAACACAGAUUUCAACCUUUCUUUGGCAUCAUCGUAGAAGGGUAAAAUCAAGAAUGAUAACACACAAUGCAGUAUUUAAAAUUUACAUAUGGGUUAGUUAUAAGAGGUGUGUAAUACUUUAUGUAGUUUAGCUAUAUAAUUCUGACUGGAUAAGGACAUCAUUUCAGGUUCUUUACAUGCGAAUCAUCUUAAAACAAAAUUGAUAACAAAAACUGGCUGGAAAUCAAUGUAACAUGCAUACUGAACCCACUUCGGGGAUAUGUUGUGUUUUGUUUGCAUUGAAUGUACUCUCUUAUCUGCAAAGUUACAAGUCUCAACUUAUCCAUUUCAUAUGUUAAAGUCACUUAGUUGGGUCGAGCAGUUGACAUAUGUAUAAGCUAUAUACACUAUUGCGUAACCUGCGGUAUUAAGUGAAGCAAUUGUUGGUGAGUGUUGUACCGAUACUUCUUUCUAGUAUGAACAAGUACAAUCACAAAAUCACCAUGGAGAACAUUGCAUACGUAUCCUAGAGAUAUGCCACGAUGUCACUGAGAUUAGUUUCGUACAACUGAGGUUAAUUAUUUAAUACAACAUUCAGUAUAUAUAGAGCAUCCACCAUCGAUUGAAGAAAGGUGUAGUAUUCAGCUAUGUUAUCUAUAUCGGGUGUUAUGUUAUUGUAGUCUGUUAGAAAGUACAUUGUUAGUCAACUGAAUAUUAAACUUUCACUAUAUUAUCAGUCAGUGUGUGAGAAAGCAGCGUGUACCUUACAUAUUAGCUUUUCAAGAACAAACAUUUUGUAGAACUUAUUGUAUUACCUGUGUAAUUGUGCAUUUUCAGUUGUAUGUACUUUUAUGUUUAUAACGUUAUGUUCCUUGUAGUUCUUUACACUUGAAUAUGUACAUGAAAGGUUACAUACAUAGCUGGAAAGAAAA